UAGUCACCAAAUUCUAAAUUCUCCUCUCACAAAUGCCUCUUCUGUCACCUCUUUCUCCUCUCCUCUGACCCUGACCAAGUUCAAGCCACCGUCCUCUCUCAUCUGCCCCCCUGGGACCGCUUCCCAGGAGGGUGCCCUGAAUUCAGUGUCUUCUUAGAAGAAUCCGUCCUUUGUAUUUGUGUAACUACGUGUCUGAACACUGAUACGCGCACACGUCCUCCGUCGGAGCAGCUUAUGCAGAACACAGUCCUUACACGUCGCUCAAAGCUCACGUGUCCUCAGCCUUCGUUCCAAUCGCGGGCCACUUUCGGAGAGCGGUGUGUGUGUGCUGGAACACCUGCAAGAGCGCCCCCAGAUCCCCCUCCCUCAGCUGUGUGUGCACUUGCAUAUGUACCCGUUUCGUUACACGGGGUCGUUAACGUUAAUCCCACACCGGGGGCUGCUCAAUGGAAGUGGGACCACAGCCGCCGUGUCCCAUAAUUUACCCGGACAGAGGCUGCGCGCCGCUUCCAAGCAGCGUCCCGGUCUUUUGGGUGGGCGGCAGCCAGGAAGCCCCCGAGAGUUAACUGCUCGCUGCCGCCCUCGGGUCCUCAAGGGGAGUCCGCAUUGACCUUCCGUUGUCCUCGGACUGGACCUGACCUCCAAACUGCAGGGGAUCGGCACGGGUAAAAACGUGUCCAAAACAAAGGAAAAAAAAAGUCCGAUUUCUUGCCACCACAUUACCAUGCCUCGGUAUUACACGUAAUUGUGUUAACACUGAAACCUGGAAAGCAAAAGUCCGUCCAGCAGCGAAAAGUCCCAGAGCGUCCACAGUUUAAACCGGCGCGGGGCGGGGGCAGGGUACAGGGAUUAAGUCUCGCGAGAACGCAGGCACGAGCGUUGUGGGUUCCCCGUCUCUCGCGAGAACCAAACUUCGGCUCCGCCCUCCCCGAGCGUGUGGCCGCGUCUCCCGGGCAACAGCAAUGGCGGCGCCCUUGUCCGAGCGGCUCUUCUCGCUGGAGCUGCUCGUCGACUGCGUGCGUCUAGAAGUCGGGCUGCUGCCGCCGCCGCCCGUGGUCGCGGUGGAGGAGGAGCAAGAGGAGGCCGAAGAGGAGGAGGAGGAGGCAUCCCCGCCACGGCCAUCGCGCGACUUAUGCCCCGCCGUGGCCUUCCGCCUGCUGGACUUCCCCACGCUGCUGGUUUACCCUCCGGAAGGCCCCGGCGCCCCGGCCCCGGAGCCCCGACCUGGCCUGGUCAGCUUCGGUCGCGGCAAGUCCUGUCUCUUCCGCCUGCACCCCGCCACCCUGUGCCGCCAGCUCCUUCGGACCCCGCUUUACACCUUGCUGCUGCAGCUGCCCCCCGGGCGUCCCACGCCCACCCCGCAGCUCCUCGGUGCCUGCAGCAUCUCUCUGGCUACCACCGCCCACAAGGUCCUGGGGCAGGCCGCCCCCGGCUGCUCCCACGGCCAUCGAGGGAGUUUCCCUCUGCAUAACCAAGUUGGGGAGCGGAUUGGGGACAUUGCCCUGGGCUACCGCUUAACCGAUUUGGGAAGCAGCUUGUUGGGGCAUCUUGAGAGGCCAGUCGCUUCCACGGGAGGUGGGGUGGAGCGCGGAGAGAUCGGUUACCAGACCCCGCAGGAAAAACAGCAACCACGGUCAGAGCCAAGAACAAGACAUGCUGAUAGUUUUCUCGUGGGUUUAAAAAUCCCAAAAGCACAGAAAGGUUUGGAGGAAGGAGCUUUCCAUAGUAAGACCAACUCUGGUGACACUGUUUCUGUGAAGCCUGGCAAAACCAGCUCUGUUUGUUCAAAUUCUAGUGGUGUGAGGAGCCUUAGCCCCCCAGAUCAGGAAGUCACAGAGUUAGACAUCGAAACCAACACAUUUUGCCCCCCUCCUCUGUAUUACACUCAUUUGACCCAAGAAAAGAUGCCCCCUGUACAGGGUACAAUCACCAUUAAGCCUCAGGUAAAUGUACCUGAGGAACCAGAUGGUAUUUGUCUGGAGGAAAACCGUGCAACUGCCCCAAAACAUACUGAUUCUCUGAAACGUACUAAUUCUGGGACACAUGAAAAUCCUCCAGUGCCCAUAAAUCCUCCGCAUGUUCAGGAUGCAGGAGCACGUGACCAAACUACAGAUCAUGCUCAAACUGAACAAAAUAGAAUUAAUACAAUAAGGCAGCUGCCUUUGUUAAAUGCCUUGUUGGUUGAGUUGUCCGUGUUAUAUAACCAGCCUGUGGCAAGCCCUACUCACAUACAUCCUCACUUAGCCUGGUUAUAUAGAACUGAGGAUAAGAAGUCACCAGAAUCUUCUGCCAAAUGCACAUGUAAAUCUGAAUCUAAGGAUAAGCUUCCUGUGGGGGGAAAUGAAAAGUUCAUGAAUCUUCAGUAUAAAAAGAACCAAGUCGAAAAUCUCAAAAAAGGUAAACAUUUUGAAAAGAACAGUGGUCACCCCCCCAGAAGAGUCCCAAGGGGGAAGCUGCUUUACGGUUUAACAAAUACACUUAAACUACGUUUAAAGCAGACAAAUCCUGAUAUGUUGGUAGUACAUGAAAGAAGAGAGCAGUAUAGAAAAAUGCAAGCACAAAUGUUGGGUGCAAAACUCAGAAUUCCAUCAUCCAAAGUUAAAGUAUUAAGCUUUGCGGAACAACAUCAGAAGCCACACCAACUGCCAAAUGACGAGUGUUUGGGAUUAGAUGCGUCUUUUGCUGAAAACAGUGAUACCUCAAAGCAAAUCAGUGGAGUUUUUGAUGACCCUAGCACAACUAAAGAAACUAAACUGAAAUGUGCAACUGAAAAAGCUGUAGAUUGUGAUGAACAUAGAAGAGAUAAUGGUUUAUUGGAAGAAAUUGUGACACCUGCAGAUUCCACCGUCCCACAAGGGUUUAUGCACGCAAGUAUUUUGGAAGGAAAAGUGGAAAUGAAAGUCCAAAGUCCAUGUGUUUUCCAACAAGUUGCAGUUGUUAACAGAAUUGUAGUAGAUAAAGAAAUGGAAGAUAAACAGGUCAAAACCACAGAUGAUGACAUUCUUAUUGAAGAUAUCGGUGAAGAUAAACCAUGUAAAAAUAGUUGCUCUGAAAGCAUCUCAGAACUGAAGUAUUCCGAUGACUUCACCAGCCCUUGCUCUUCUGAAGAUUUCUCUACCUCCGACGACACUAGCAGAAUUUUACAAACUCAUGAUAGCAGUCCCGGGUCGGAAAAUCCAAAACAUAAUCAAUAUACAAGUAAAUCUAGUGAAGCAAUACUGUCCACAAGAAAAAACAGCAGUGAAAAGAGUUCUGUUCUUAGCCCGCCUUUUUCAGCUGGGUCGCCAGUAUACUCAUAUAAAAGAUCUCAUAUUUCAAAGAUUAAAGAUAAAAGUUUGGAGGAAGUGUCUAGUAUCUCUACCAGUGAUUUAUCUUCAUCACAUUGGACUGAGGAGAAAGAAAACCAGAUAGAUCGAAGCAGUAUGCAUAAUACUAAAGUUCUAAAGAGGGGUCAGGACACCCCUACUAAACUUAAAACAGGAACUGGUUGCAAGUCUUCAGAAAAAAGCCAGUCACCUCGGACAUCUCAAGUGAGUUCUUAUCUGCCAUCUAAUUUGUCGGACCUGGAACUUCAUGUCCUGGACAGCAGUGCACCAGAUCACUUUGACGAAGACGAUGAAGUUGCCUCACUAAGUAUUUCCAAGCAAUGCAAAGAUAUUUGCGAAUUAGUCAUAAAUAAACUUCCAGGAUAUACAGUGUGAAAAUACGUGCUUUUAAAAAAAAACAUUUAUUUUUGUAUAACCUAUGUGUACCGUUAGUGAAACAAUUUUUAAUAAUUCUUUACAUUAUUUUAGUACAUAAAUUAUGUGGGUAAUUUUUAAAGAAAUAUGUUAUUUUGAUGUCUAGAUAGUAUUUAUUAAGUUGAACAAUAUUAAUCAUGAAAUCACCUUAUAAUCUAGGUAAGAUUGAGUUGUUUAAUCUUAGAAGAAUAAAAGUAUCUUUCUAAACUCUCUGAAAAAAUCAGUCAUCCUAAAGCAGACUUCAGGCACACCAUUAAAAAAGAAGGCUAGUUAAUAAAGAUAAUCUCAGAUUUUAAUGGGAAUAAAUCAUUUGACAAAUAUCGAAGAACUUACUGUGUGAGAUGCAGAAAGGUACAAAAAUGUUUAACAUACAGCCCCUGUAGGUAGAGCUUACUGUUUUAUAUAUAUAUGAAUUCUUUAGGGAAAUCUUUGAUACAUACACAUCCCAUAUCCCCAAUAGAUAAAGUCCUUUUUAUAUGUCAUCAUUGUGCUCUACUUUUUUUUUAUGCAGUUUGUGUGAUUACUUGAUUAAUGUUUAUCUUCUUAAGUUUUGCAAUGGAAGGGACCAUAUUCUGUUUUGCCCACCAGUGUAUGUUCCUGGUAUCUAGCACAGUCUGGCCUUGGUUGGGGUGUGAUAAAAGCAUGUGUUGAACAAAUUAAUGAAGGCCACGCAUUUAAAAUAACCUGAUGGGAGGCAAUAGAAUUCAGCAGUCAAACAAGCAGAAAUCCUAAGAAGAAGCAGCAGAAAAUCCUUAUUGGAAACAUGGUUAUUUGACUACAAUAUUUUUGUUUUGGUGUCUAUAAACAGCCUGCAGGUGUUCAACGAAGUAUUUGGGGAGGGAAGCUAAGAAAGGUGUCUUCCAGUUUCUUAUAUAGAAAUUCAAUUUAUUGUUGUCAUUUCAGGUUGUUCCAUAGUUAUUUUUAAGGUAUGAAAAGUUGGUUUUUAUCUAGUGAUCAUUUCUUUAUAAUUUCUUCCAUUGGUUUUGUACUCAGACCUUAUUGUGUUCAACUGUUUACAUGUAAUUUUUUAUGUGUUAUAUUUCAAUUUUUACAAUUUUAAUAUAUCUGAUCUUUUUGGAUGUAUGGAGUGAAGCCCUAAUUUUCCUUCCUUUGUAAGUAAUCAAAUAACAAUGCAGGUAUUAUCUUUUGAAUGAUAGUAAAAUUUAGAAAGGUGGUAAGAGAUGAGGAUAUUAUAUUUUGAGAAACAAUAUGUGUAAAAGAAAUAUGGGAAUGAGCAUAAUGUACUCAUGGGACUGAGAAAAUAUCUUGAUUAGAAUGGUAGAGUGGUAGAAAGGAUAUUUGUUGAGUAAGAAAAGUCCCCGAUUGUAGGGAGCUUCAAAUCCCAAGUAUAAUAAUAAAGACCUAAGCAAUCGAAACAAAAGAGUAUUUUAAUUUACAGUUAAGCACCAAUACGUGGUCAUGGCAUUUUGAAUAUUAUAAAUUAUUGAAAUAAUUUCUUGAAGGCACAGAAAUUAUACCAGUAAACGUUUUGAAAUAUGAAGUGCUUCUUAAUGGCUAAUGGCUAUGAUCUUAAUUUUUCAGUUAAUAUAAAGCAUCUAGCGUAUCAUCUCGGAAAAUCAAAGUAGUUUACUGCUAGGUGCUAUAGCUACCUAUCAGCUUGGUGUGUAAAUUGUUAGCAAUUUUUCACUACUAUGGAAGAGAAAAAUAUAAGCAAUAAUGUCAGAAACAUUAGAGAAAUAAUUCCUUAAAAAUAAACUUUUAUUUGAUUAGGAGUAAGUCAUCGCCUGUGAUGAGAAUAGAUGAGAAAAAUUAUUAAUUCAGUAUGUCUGGGGUACAACAAAGACUAAAGCAUUAAUGUACUUUAGAUUACAAAACUAAGUAGCUAAAUAAGAUUCUCUUCAAGUCACUCCAUCGGUAUUUAUUUCUAGAAUUGUGGUGUUAGUAUUAAUAGCUUAAUUCUAGUGAAAAAUACUUCUUUUCAUGCAUUUAGUACUUCCUAUUUGCAACCUAUCUUCAAAUUCUACUUCCUGUUUUAAUUCUACAACCUAGAAGCUUAGUUUUUUAAGAAUAUCAUAAUAUACUAUUCCUGAAAUGUUCUCUAUCCCCUGAAUUGCUUAAAAUCAUUGAAACAUGAAAUAGUAUUUCAGGCUCUUAAAUAAGGGAGACCUGUUAUUUAGUUGUUUGUAAAACUAAGCUAUUGCAAUUCAGCUUUUCUGAAUAGCACCGGUAGCUAAGCUGUUGUGGGCGAAACUGGAUGGGAGAGGAUCUAAGAAGCUGUGAACCACAGAAUGUUAGGGCCUUAGGAGGCAGCUGUCAACGGUGACAAGUCCUUUGAGCUAUGACGUGUACACAGAUUCCGAGAGGGCUCUGCGGAUGCAUACAAUAUGUUGGUUUUUCCCUUGGUCGUAUGUACGCUGCCCAUAGCUUCAGAUACAAGGAACAAUGAUACUGAACUUUCUGCCUUGGGCUUCUGGCUUUCUGUAGAGAGCCACCCCUUCCCAUCUCAAUUAAUUUUUAUGUUCUGCCUAUAAAAGCAGUGCAUUUGUUACGGAAUUAUAUUUGGGAACCAAGCUUUUAUUUUCUGUAAACAUAGAGUUAAAGAUCAUAAAUUAAACAAACUUUUAAUUACCACACCGUGGUUAGAAAGGCAAAGGAAUUUCAUAGCAAAGCAACAUAUAAACAAGAUAAAUAAUAUUUACAUUUGUCUAAUCAUAAACUGUCCUUGGGCCUAGAGAUAUAGCCAUCUCUUAGGCUACUUAUACUUUUGUUGAGAUUAAGAUAUCUGGAAUUGUGCAGAAUGAUAAUUUAUGUGCCAAUACUUGCUGGAUCCUUCUCAUUUUUAACCUAAAACAAUGCAAGGAAAACAUGUUUAGUCAAGGACCAAGGCAUUUUUGCUAUUUUUCUCCAGAAAUUUAUCUGUCAUGCUAGGAAAUAAGAGAUUUCAGGAAGAGCAUCAUUAGGUUGGAGUGCCUAGCCAUAGGAAUAUAAUUACUUUCUUAUUUUUCAAAUACUUCUCUGUUAUGCUAAUAAUGUGUAUUAACUCUAGAAAAAAAAUAGAAAAUUCAGGUAGAAGUCUUUGCUACAAAAUUGUGUAUUAAGGGAAGGUUUUGGUCUUUCCUUCCAAAACCCCAAUGAAAUCACUGAUGUAAAAAUAAGAAUGAACCCUUAGUAGCCCUGGAGAACAAGGCAGAUGCUGCUGGUAGACAGGACCGUUUGAGGAACUUCUGGAAGAUAAAGAGCUGGUGGAAUUAGGUUGAUGAAAAAUGUGUUAGAAAUCUACCCGUCAGCAUCAUCCAGUGUGGGAGCUGCUGGAGAAAUGAGAAGAUAGUGUUUGUUUUCUAAAUAGCCUCAAAUAUACUUCAAAUAAAGUCGACUUGGGAAUAGAAGCAGGUUAUGGGCAACUUGGGGGCAGAACAGAACUGAGGAUGUGAGAAACUGGAGCCCAGCUAAAGGUUUAUCUACUAGAAAAGUUGUUGGGAUCAAAGAGAAAAACUAGUAUUUUUGCUUUUGACACCAAAAUGUUUUU